CAGGCUUGCAUCGAUGAUAAUCUUGAGAUGGUCAAAUUUCUUGUUGAAAAUGGAGCCAGUAUUAAUCAACCAGACAACGAAGGUUGGAUACCACUACAUGCUGCUUCUUCCUGUGGAUAUGUUGACAUAGCUGAGUAUUUAAUUAGUCAAGGAGCAAAUGUAGGAGCAGUAAAUAGUGAAGGAGACACUCCACUAGACAUUGCUGAGGAGGAGGCAAUGGAGGAAUUGCUUCAAAAUGAAGUCAACCGUCUAGGUAUUGAUGUGGAAGCAGCAAGGAAAGAGGAAGAGAGGAUAAUGCUUCGAGAUGCAAGGCAGUGGCUAAACAGUGGCCAGAUUAGCGAUGUGCGACAUGCAAAAUCAGGAGGCACAGCUCUGCAUGUAGCAGCUGCAAAGGGUUACACUGAAGUUUUAAAACUCUUAAUUCAAGCAGGUUAUGAUAUCAAUGUUAAAGAUUAUGAUGGUUGGGCACCACUCCAUGCAGCUGCCCACUGGGGCAAAGAAGAGGCUUGUAGGAUCCUAGUAGAAAAUCUUUGUGAGAUGGAUGCUGUCAAUAAAGUGGGUCAGACUGCAUUUGAUGUUGCCGAUGAAGAUAUUUUAGGAUACUUAGAAGAACUUCAGAAGAAGCAAAAAUUGCUUUUGAGUGAAAAACAAGAGAAGUCACCAUUAAUUGAGUCUUCUACUACCGAAAACAAUCAGUCAUUGAAAACACUGAACAAAGAGACUUUAAUUAUUGAGCAAGAGAAGAACCUUUCAACAAUUGAGUCUCUUGAACAAGAGAAGGCAGAUGAAGAGGAUGAAGGAAAGAAAGAUGAGUCUAGCUGUUCCAGUGAAGAAGAGGAGGAGGAAGACUCUGAAUCUGAAGCAGAAACAGAUAAAACCAAACAGUCUGCAAAUAGUACAAUUAUCAGAUCUCAGGUGACUACUGGAACAGCUGUACCUUCUGUGGCAUCUGGACAGGUCACACCAACAUCACCAGUAAAGAAGUUCCCCACUCCUGCCACCAAAAUAUCACCUAAAGAAGAAGAAAGGAAAGAUGAGUCACCAGCCUCAUGGCGCUUAGGACUUCGUAAAACAGGAAGUUAUGGUGCUUUGUCUGAGAUUACUGCAUCCAAAGAAGCUCAAAAAGAAAGAGACUUUACUGGUGUCAUGCGUUCUGCCUCAAGUCCAAGACUUUCUUCUACGCUAGACAAUAAAGAAAAGGAGAAAGAUGGUAGAGGGACACGGCUUGCAUACGUAGCUCCAACAAUACCUAGGCGUCUUGCAAGUACUUCUGAUAUAGAAGAAAAAGAAAAUAGGGAAUCCUCUGUCGGUUUGUCUCGUCUUGGUAGUUCUUACACGAGAAGAAAAUGGGAAGAUGAAAAGAAAAAUAAUCCUGUGAAUGAGAUUUUAAGUACAACGUAUCAACGAAGUGCUUCUUUUGGUAGACGGCAGGAUGAGCUAAUUAGUUCAGGUGUUUCCAGUUCAACCCCUGUAUCUACACCAAUGAUCACAUCGUCUGGGAUUACAAGAAGUCUUUCUAGCACUAUUAAUACGAAAAGCACACUAGCUUCUUCAGGCUUAUUAAGCAGUACCUCAAACCGUUUCUGGGCAGAGGAGAGUUCUGAAAAAGAGAAGGAAACUGUCCCUACAGCAGUCACCAUUCCAGUUGUAAAUCCUAUUCCCACAUUCACAUCUUUGACCACAACUUCCGCUGGCACUGUUCCUUCCACAACAGAAGUCAGGGAAAGACGGAGGUCAUACCUCACUCCAGUUCGUGAUGAAGAAUCCGAGUCUCAGAGAAAAGCUAGAUCAAGGCAAGCCAGGCAGUCCAGAAGAUCAACACAGGGAGUCACAUUAACAGAUCUUCAAGAGGCAGAGAAAACAAUUGGCAGAAGUCGCCCUACUCCAGCUAAAGAUCAGGAAAGUGAAGAAAAACAAGACAAAGAAAAACAAGAAGACAAAAAAGAAUCUGAAAAUAAAAAUGAUGAUUACCGGUACAGAUUCUCCCGCAGCAGCACGGAUGAGAGGUACAGGCCGUUUUCCAGUACUAUUGUCACAUCAUCCACACCGUCACUUUCUUCAUCUACUGGUUCCUUGUAUACUUCAAGUCAGUUAAACCGACCAAGCAGCUUAACUAGUCUCUCAUCUUCUUACUCAAAUUUCUCAAGGCUUACUGCAAAAGAGCCAGAGAAAGAUGAAAAAGAGGAGGAAAAAGAGUUGGAGGGACAAGUCUCAGUCAAAAUCUAUACGAGAAAGACGGCGACCGAGAGAAAAAAGACGUUCUACUGGUGUUUCGUUUUGGACACAAGAUAGUGAUGAAAAUGACCAAGAGCAUCAGUCAGACACAGAUGACAGCACCAACAGGAAAGACAGCAAAGUAUGGUAUCCAGGAACUUCUGGUGUUUUAGCCAGUGAUCGAUAUGAAUCAAAUAUUGGAUCUUCUAGUUAUUUAGAAAGAGGAAAAUUUAUUCACAGCAGACUAGAAAAGGAUGAUUCUACUGAUUUUAAAAAGUUAUAUGAACAAAUUAUAGCAGAAAAUGAGAAGUUGAAGGCCCAGUUGCAUGACACCAACCUGGAAUUAACAGAACUAAAGUUACAGCUUGAAAAAGCAACACAGCGGCAAGAACGAUUUGCAGACAGAUCACUUUUAGAAAUUGAAAAAAGGGAAAGAAGAGCUUUGGAGAGACGAAUAUCUGAAAUGGAAGAGGAGCUUAAA